AGCCUAUCAAAAAACAAAGGAGGCAAACGGUCGCUCCGGGUCAGAGCCGCGGACAUGCCGCUACUACGCCGAGCUGCAUGCAAUUCUAGGGGGGGCUGCCACCACUACCCCACCUUUGUUCGUGGAUUCUGGGUCGGGGAUAGUCUCGAUGCCUGAGGAUUCUGCCGAUGGGGUAGAGGAGGAGGAGGAGGAGGAGGAUGAGCUUGCAGAGAGCACACAGCACUCCAUUCUCCCCAACAGCCAGGAUCUUUUUAUCACCCUGACUGAAGUACCCUCCCAAGCCUCCCAAGCCAGUACCCAAGACUCUGACCCCAUGGAAGGGACCUCAGCAGCUGCAAAUUCCUCAAGCCUCCCUCCUCCAUCCCGAAGGUUAUCACAGAUAAGGCGUCGUAAGAAGAAGACGCGGGAGGACAUGUUUUCUGAAAUUAUGCAAUCCAGCAGGAGUGACAGAGCUCAUCUGAAUGAGUGGAAGGAAACAGUUUCAAAGUAUAGGAAAGAAGUCAGUGAACGUGAGGAGAGGAGGGACCAACGUGAGGAGAGGAGGGACCAACGUGAGGAGAGGAGGGACGAUCGAGAUGAGAGAUGGCGGCAGGAAGACCAGAGGAUGAAGGAUGCAACGCUGGGGCUGCUCCGGCGUCUGGUGGAGGUUCAGGAACGGCUGCUGGAAAACAGACUGCCGCUUCAGCCCCUGUUCCACCCUCCCCCCUCCCCAUGUUCCGUAUCCUCCUCACCCAGACGUGUAAGAACGCGGGGGGGGGGAGGCUCCGUACACCUUCCCAUUCCACCCCAGUAGACAGCCCAAGCAAAAGGCUGUCAUUUUUUUAACCUUUUCUUUGUGGCUUUUUCCUUCCCAGCAAUCCUCCUCCCAAAUACCACCCGGGUUCCCUCCCUCUUUUUCUAAUCUAUUAAUAAAGAAUAAAUGAUUUUUAAAUGAUAGUGACUUUAUUUGGUUUGAAAGAAAGAUGGGGGAAGGGGCAGGGUGGGUUCCUUACAAAAAAUCAGUCAGUAAAGGGGGAGGGUUUUCAUGAAGGAGAAACAAACAGAUAUUUCACACGGUAGCCUGGCCAGCCAUGAAACUGGUUUUCAAAGCUUCUCUGAUGCACAGCGCUUCAUGGUGUGAUCUUCUAAUCGCCCUGGUGUCUGGCUGCGCGUAAUCAGCAGCCAGGCGAUUUGCCUCAGCCUCCCACCCCACCAUAAAGGUCUCCCCCUUACUUUCACAGAGAUUGUGGAGCACACAGCAAGCAGAAAUAACAAUGGGGAGAUUUCUUUGGCUGAGGUCAGAGCGAGUCAAUAAUGAACGCCAGCGACCUUUUAAACGGCCAAAUGCACAUUCUACCACCAUUCUGCACUUGCUUAGCCUGUAGUUAAACAGCUCCUGACUCCUGUCCAGGCUGCCUGUGUACGGCUUCAUAAGCCAUGGCAUUAAGGGGUAGGCUGGGUCCCCAAGAAUAACUAUGGGCAUUUCAACAUCCCCAACGGUUAUUUUCUGGUCCGGAAAGUAAGUCCCUUGCUGCAGCCCUUUAAACAGAGUAGUGUUCCUGAAGACGCGAGCGUCAUGAACCCUUCCC